UCCAUGGCAGAAAGGUUGAAGCGUCUAUGCACUGUAAAUAAAAAGCCCAAACAAGGAGGAGAAAACAAACAAGCAAAGAAGACAGUGACCCUAACGCUCUGUAUUUAUGUUAUACCUGGAUUGUUUCUGGUCAAUGAAUGGUCAUUGAAGAUAAGAAAGGAAAUGAGAGUAGUUGACAGACAAAUAAGAGAUAUCCAAAGGGAAGAAGAAAAAGUAAAACGAUCUGUGAAAGAUGCUGCCAAGAAGGGCCAGAAGGAUGUCUGUGUGGUUCUGGCCAAGGAGAUGAUCAGGUCAAGAAAGGCCGUGAGCAAGCUCUAUGCAUCGAAAGCCCACAUGAACUCCGUGCUCAUGGGAAUGAAGAACCAGCUUGCCGUGCUGCGAGUGGCUGGCUCCCUGCAGAAGAGCACCGAAGUGAUGAAAGCCAUGCAGAGUCUCGUGAAGAUCCCAGAAAUCCAGGCCACCAUGCGGGAGCUGUCCAAAGAGAUGAUGAAGGCUGGGAUCAUAGAAGAGAUGUUAGAAGACACCUUUGAAAGCAUGGAUGAUCAGGAAGAAAUGGAAGAAGCAGCAGAAAUGGAAAUUGACAAGAUUCUGUUUGAAAUUACAGCAGGGGCCUUGGGCAAAGCACCUAGUAAAGUGACAGAUGCCCUUCCGGAUCCUGUGCCUCCAGGAGCAACAGCUGCCACAGAAGAUGAGGAAGAGGAGGAGGACGACGAGGCUCUGGAGGCCAUGCAGUCCCGACUGGCCACACUGCGCAGCUAGGGCGGCCCAGCUGGCCUGCUGGGUGCACGCACACUCCUCUGAAGUAGCCACCAGUGUGUGUCCCUCGCACUACACCUGUCUUGAGGCAUCGCAUUCUGGAGAAGGUUCUCUGCUAAAUCUCUUUCAUUCUCUGCAGUGGUCUUAGGGGGAUGUCUUAGGUAUCAAAGGGAUUGUUUCUUCUGAGAGGUGGCGUGAUUAAAUGCAUCCUUUUCAAGGGUAUAAACAGAAGUAUCUUACUGGGGAGAAUUCUGUCUUCUCACAGUACUUCUGAGAGUAGAAUUGAUUGCCUGAAUGUUGAGGGCUCUGUACAUUUUUGCCUGUAAACACUAUAUAAAUGGAUUUUAAUAAAUUUCUGCUUUGACUCUU